AUGCAGUUGAAAAAAAUGAGGGAAAUUUUACCAAGAUUAUACUCUGGCCAAGUUAAUGAAAAACAUAGUUCCUUAACUACAUCCCCAAAGCAAUCUUCUGAGGAUAAAACAAAUCCAUCAAAAGGGGAUGGUCACCAAAACUGCUGUUACCAAGGGACUGAGGCUGAGAACAAGUUGACGCUGAUAAGCUGUAUAAGAUGCAGAAGUGUUCAGAAAAUUUCAGUGCAAGAUGUUGAAAAGUGUAAGAAGCUUGGGUGGACUGAAGACAAAAAUUUCAUCUGCAAGAAGUGUAGUCUUGCUACACCACCAGCUUUCCAUUUUGUUCCUGAGGGUGCCAAUGCUGUAGAGUUGGAAAAACAUGAAAAAAAAUCUCCAAGUAAAGCCCAGAGAAGAUUUAAAGUAAAAAACUUUCUGCCAGGUAAAUACUACUGUGAUAAAUGUAGAUUUUCAACAAAGGAUCCUUUACAAUAUAAAAAGCAUGUAGGUCAACAUGAAGAAAUUAAAUUUAUUUGUUCUCACUGUAGUUAUAUAUCCUACACCAAAGGAGAAUUCCAGAGACAUUUGGUGAAGCAUACAGGAACGUUUCCGUAUCAGUGUGAAUACUGUGAAUAUGGUGCUGUUAGACAUGACUAUAUAGUGAAACAUACCAGGAGAGUACAUGAAAUGCCCACUAAACGGCUGUCAAAUACUAUCGUAAACCACAAACAACAGAAGCUGAGUCAAAGCACUUUAUUUGAAAAGCAGAAAUAUAGUAAAACUCCUUUUCAGAAUGAACUUUCAAAUUUGUCUUCAAAAAUGGUUUGUGAGACUCCAAGUCUAGCAAGUAAAAGAGCCUAUUUGUCUCAUGAUGUAGAAUGUAGCAUAAACACAGCAUCUCUCCAGGGUAAAACAGCAUUGGAGCCAUCUGAAAUAAAUGUAUGUGAGAAUCAAAGUGUGGAAGUUGAGGUUUCUUCUCCAAAAUUGGAGCCUUUACAACCUGGGAUGCCUUUAACAGUAAUUGCACCAUCUGAACUUGUAGUUCCUUCUAACUGUUUAGCUCAGAUAGUAGAGAUUAAAAUAGUGAAUGGAGCACAACAGCUGGUUCUUAAACUAAUUCCUAUGAAAGAUGCAACUUACAAACCUGUGAACAGUGGUGAAGAGGAACUUGAGAAUCAAGGUAUAGAACCAUCUGCAGAAGGAAAAAAACCAUCUGUAUCUCAAAAUGAGUUACUGACCAUGGAAGUGAAUGUAGACAAAUCAUCCAGUGUUAGUAACCAGGUUAAUUUGGAUAGUACCUAUGACAAGAAUUCUGAAUGUCUUUGUUUUUCUGAUUCUCAACUCUCAGACUGUAAUCCUCUGUCUGUACAGAGGGAAGAUGCAUCAAAAUUCUGCUUUCAUUUGGUGAAAGGUAUUGAUGUCCAUUCUGGUGUUUUUGAACUUUGUCCUCCGUCUCUGGUGAUGAAUAACACUGAAAAAAAAAGUGAGCUUAAAUCCUCAAGGUGGGAAGUAGAUGGAAAAAAUAAUUUAGAUUAUGACUUGUGUUGCUGUGAAGAACGCGUGGAUAUACCACCUCCAAAAUAUGCUGCUAUUUCUGAAGAUAAAUGUUCAAAGAACAUUUCAGUAGAGGCUUUGCAGGAGGGCAGCAAUUAUUCUUCUGCAGUCCUUAAACGAAAGGAUACGUUGCCUCUCAAGAGGGAUGACAAAGAGUGUAGGAGUCUGCCAGUCAAGUCUACAGGUACACAUUUAGCUGGUAAAUGUUUUAAUAAAAACUCUCUUAAAUUUUCUGAAGCAGGAAAAAAAAAUCAUGUCACUAAAACUCCACCUUGCGAGAACAAGACUUUUGGCUUUAGCAAAGUACGGAGAGCUGAAACUAUAAGCCAAAAGAGCAAUCUUCUUCUGGAAUCAUUAGAAUUACAGAAGAUGGAAAAUAAAGGCAAGCCUUUUGAAGGACCUGUUAUUUCAUCUGUAUUUUCUCUUAGCUCUGGGGCUGAAAAUGUCCCAGAGGAUGUCAGAUGGGAUGACACAACAUGCAAUAAGAAGUCAGCAACGUUGUUGUGUAGAAAGAUUGCUCAACUAAUGUCUGCUGCUGAAUCUAACAUGAAAUCCAUGCCUUUGAGAUGUGAAGGUUCUAGUAAAAAGGUGCUUUUCCCUCAAGAAAAUUCAGCAAGCUGCGAUAGGGUUGUUACUGCCACUGAAGUGGAACAAUCUGUGUCUCUGCCUCAAGUGCAUGUUGGAAACAGUGUUAGUAGUAGUGAAGAACAUAGUAAACAUCACCUACUUUCAUUUGCAAGAACAUCUAAAAGCAGGGUAACUAAAAAUUCUCAUGUUGCUACUCCAGUGUUUAUCCCCAAAGGGACAAUGCUGAGAGUGCUGAAUGCUACUAGCAGUCAAAAGUCAAAUGGAAUAGAAAACAGUGAAACAUCAGCUCCUUCUGUGUAUUGCAAUGAAAUGUUUCUGCCUCGCCCGGUUCCCGUCAGUGUUUCUGAGCUCAGCAGUAACUUACCAUGUUUGCCUAAUCAGAGUGAAACGAAUGCUGACUUCCAAAGUAAAUCACUCAGGCAAAGACCAAAGCGAGAGGCAAGUGUUAAAAAUAAUGGCAAACAAACUGGUGUACUGUUUCAGAAAAACAGUGAUGUGAGUAAGCAAAGCAAACCCUAUUCAAAAAGUCAACUAGGUCCCAAAAAUAAAGCGAAACAAGGGAACUUCAGGGAGCUUCCUAAGAGGAAAACAAGAACACAAUCGGAAACCAGUUCAAGUUCUGACAUGUCAUAUCUAUUGACAGCAAGGCGGCUUCGGCUUGUCCCUCUGAGAAUGAAUCAGCUGAUAAAAUGCCCUCGUCGUAACCAGCCAGUUGUGGUACUAAACCAUCCUGAUGUUGAUUCACCAGAGAUAAUUAAUGUCAUGAAGACUAUCAACAAGUAUAAAGGUCAAGUCCUGAAAGUGGUCCUAUCAGAAAGGACAAGUAGUUGUCUUGGUGUCAAACGUUACCGAAAGCGUCUUACUCUUCAGAAUGUUGAGACAGGAAACCAAGCAAAAAAGCAGAGUAUGCUGAAAAUGAAACUAAAAAAGACCCAUAAAAACAACUACCAAGUGGUGGAAACUUCACCAGCUGAAACAGUUCAGUCUAUGUUUAAGUGUUGGUUUUGUGGAAGAGUAUAUAUGGACCAAGAAGAAUGGAUAAGUCAUGGACAGAGACACUUGAUAGAGGCAACCAAGGGUUGGGAUAUUCUUUCUCUUCCAGCAAAAAAACAUUAA